GACUUCAAAAACUAUCUCAUGCAUAAACGCAAAGAGAUGCCAUUGGAGGAUUUGAUUGUUCGACUUCGAAUUGAGGAAGAUAAUCGAAAAUCUGAAGUAAGGGCCAACCGAAGCGACUUCGAGGCUAAGGCAAACUUGGCCGAGUCAAGCUCUAAUAAGAAGCGCAAGAGAACUUCAAAGGAAAAGCAACCUCAAACGAGCACCAAGAAGUUCAAAGGGAAUUGCUACAAUUGUGGUAAAUCUUGGCAUCUUACCAAAGAUUGUCGUCUUCCGAAGAAGGGUAAAGAUAGCGCACAUAUAGCCGAGGAUAAAUCUAUUCCCAUUGACUUAUCUGAGCUCGAUCUAACCGUUGUGGUCCAAGAAGUUAACUUGGUUAAUAAUCCACGAGAAUGGUGGGUCGAUACGGGAGCAACUCGGCAUAUUUGUGCGGAUAGAGAUAUGUUCUCGACUUAUACCCCUACCGACGGAAGGAAAUUGUUCAUGGGCAACUCUUCGACAUCAAACGUCGUGGGAACGAGAAAGGUGGUGCUAAAAAUGACUUCGGGCAAAGAUUUGACGCUAACGAAAGUGCUGCAUGUCCCGGACAUCCGCAAGAACCUUGUAUCCGGUGCUCUUUUGAGCAAAGCUGGUUUUAGAUUAGUCUUUGAGGCUGAUAAAUUUGUAAUGACUAAGAAUGGUGUCUUCUUAGCGAAAGGGUACCUAGAUGAGGGUCUUUUUAAGAUGAAUGUAAUUAAU